GAAGCGGACACAGCAAAUCCCUGGUUUGGAAAAUGGUGAUGGAGAACUAUGAGGAGUUUUACAGGAGGUGUGUGCACAGAGUGAACACAGAGGCUCAGUGCAGUGCAGAGCCUAGCCACAGGGGGGUGCAAUCGGCCAUCCAUUUCCGUGGCAGGCCUGUGCUACAGCCAAAGCUAAGUGAAGAGCAGCGUAUAGAAAUGGCCAAACAGAGACAGAAAGCAGUGGAGAAAGAAAGUGAGAGACGCACACUGAAGACCAGCUCUCUGCUGGACAGAGUGCAGGACAUCCUCAAUCGUGUACAGUUGAAAAACGUGCAAGCUAUGGUAGACACUGAAGUGGAGCAGGGUGCAGAAGCCUCCUCUCCAGACCUACAAGCUCUGUCCACCAGGAGAACACACCAAGAGGACCAGCUGCCCACUGGCUUCAUCCCCAGCUCCAGCAGCAGCAGCAACACUCUGCGGAGAAAGACCCUUAGGCUCCUGAAUAGCCGAAUGGAGAAGAUGGGGAAAAGAGGAGAAGAACAGGGAGAGGAUGAGGUGGAGGGAGAGAAGACUAGCACUGGGACUUGGCCAAGCCGUCUUGGAGACAUUCAAAGAGGAAUUGAGGAUAAAGCAGGAGUUGCAGACUUGGAAUCACAGUGCGCUAAAAGAGCAGAGGGACAGAUGGAGAGUAGAAAGUGCCCUCCAUAUCAGAGAGACUGACAAGGAGAAUGAGAUCUGUGCA